AGAGCGUCUCAGCAUCGCCAGUCUCCUUCCGACAGAAGAGAACCUAUUAUAUUUCUGCUAAGUUGUGUGAGGCAGCAGGAGACGUGGACUAAAAAGGGGGAUGGUUCAGAGCAAAGAGGAGGGAGGAGAGAGGCAGGAAUCACAGAGACGAGUUGCAGCGAUCACACUUUCCUCAGAGACUCGGAGGCUGCAGAGGAACCUGAAAGAUGCAGCUCCGUCGUGCUUCUUUGUGAGCUUCUUCCUGAGGAACUAGAGCAGCUUUUCUGUAACUCGGAGAAGAUGCCGGUGAUGAAAGGUCUCCUGGCGCCACAAAACACCUUCCUGGACUCCAUCGCAAACCACUUCGACGGAACUCACAGUAACUUCCUGCUGGGAAACGCUCAGGGUCGCUAUGGUUACCCCAUCGUCUACUGCUCGGACGGGUUCUGCGAGCUGACCGGCUUUGUCCGGACCGAGGUGAUGCAGAAAACCUGCACCUGCAGCUUCCUGCACGGAGCCGAGACCGGCGACACCGUGAUCCAGCAGGUGGACAAAGCUCUGGAGGGGCAGCAGGAGUACCAGGGGGAGGUCUGCUUCUACCGCAAGAACGGGAAUCCCUUCUGGUGCCUCCUGGAUAUUGUACCGAUUAAAAAUGAGAAAGGCGAGGUGGUUCUGUUCCUGCUGUCCUUCAAAGACAUCAGUGACUCCUACGGGAAAAGUCACCACUAUGCUCCAGGAGAAGGUGCGUCUGAAGCUGCUCACCGCAGCAGAAAAACCAACCAGUCGCACUUUUCUCAAGCUCAAGAAAGAGGCAGGACGAUCCUGCAUCACCUGAACAGCCUGUUUACCAAGAGAGGGAAGAAGAAACUGGCCGAUAGUGUGUUCCAGAAACCAUCCCUUCCCGAGUACAAGGUGGCGGCUGUGAAGAAGUCACGUUUCAUUCUGCUGCACUAUAGCGUCUCCAAGGCCUUGUGGGAUUGGUUGAUCCUGCUGGCGACCUUCUAUGUCGCCGUCAUGGUGCCUUACAACGUCUGCUUCGUCAGCCACGAUGAGGCCAAUGACCGCCGCUCACUUGUCAGCAGAAGCACCAUUGGCAGCGACAUAGCAGUGGAGAUGCUCUUUAUACUCGAUAUUAUCCUGAACUUCCGGACCACCUACGUCAGUCAGUCAGGUCAGGUGGUCUACGAUGCUCGAUCCAUCUACCUCCAUUACUGCACCACCUGGUUCUUUGUGGAUCUGAUCGCAGCGCUGCCCUUCGACCUUCUCUAUGCCUUCAACAUCACCGUGACGUCUCUGGUCCACCUGCUGAAGACGGUCCGGCUGCUUCGCCUGCUGCGUCUGCUGCAGAAACUGGACCGGUACUCCCAGUACAGCGCUGUGGUUCUGACCCUGCUCAUGUCUGUGUUCGCCCUGCUGGCCCACUGGAUGGCCUGCGUCUGGUACGUCAUCGGACGCAAGGAGAUAGAGAGCAGCGACCCCAUCACCUGGGACAUCGGUUGGCUUCAGGAACUAGGGAAGCGUCUGGAGACUCCGUACAUCAACAGCACCAUGGGUGGACCAUCCAUACCCAGCGCCUACAUCGCCUCCCUCUACUUCACCCUCAGCAGCCUCACCAGCGUCGGCUUCGGCAACGUUUGCGCCAACACAGACGCCGAAAAGAUCUUCUCCAUCUGCAUCAUGCUCAUGGGCGCCCUGAUGCAUGCCGUGGUCUUCGGUAACGUGACCGCCAUCAUCCAGCGCAUGUACUCGCGGCGGUCGCUGUACCACACCAGAAUGAAGGAUCUUAAAGACUUCAUCCGAGUGCAUCGGCUUCCCCAGCAGCUGAAGCAGAGGAUGUUGGAGUAUUUUCAGGCAACCUGGUCAGUCAACAACGGCAUCAACGCCAAUGAGCUGCUGCAUGACUUCCCCGACGAGCUCCGAGCCGACAUCGCCAUGCACCUGAACAAAGACAUCCUGCAGCUGCCGGUGUUCGAGCGAGCCAGCAGGGGGUGUCUGCGCUCGCUGUCGCUGCACAUCAAAACCUCCUUCUGCGCUCCGGGAGAAUUCCUGAUCCGCCACGGAGACGCCCUGCAGGCCAACUACUUCGUCUGCUCGGGUUCCCUGGAGGUUCUGAAGGACGGCAUGGUUCUGGCCAUCCUGGGUAAAGGUGACCUGAUUGGAGCCGACCUCCCAGAACACGACCAGGUGAUAAAGACCAACGCCGAUGUGAAGGCAUUGACCUACUGUGACCUGCAGCACAUCAGUGUCCGGGCUCUGAGGGAGGUUCUGGGUCUUUAUCCAGAGUAUGGAAGGCGGUUCAGCUCCGACAUCCACCACAACCUCACCUACAACCUGAGGGAGGGCAGUGAGAGUGUGACCAGGUUUCCGUGGACUCCUAGGAUGUCUCAGGGUCAAGUUUCGGACCACAAACUACCCUUCAUCAUCGAGGCCGACGAUGAAGAACAAGAUGAUGACCUGAAAAGCUCCCAGCAGAGGAGGGUUCCUCUGCUGCAGGCGAUGAGCAGCCCUGUCCACCAGCCUCACCUCAGCACCUUAUUGGGGGAGGAGCUCCGGCACAUCGGCGCCCUGCACCUGUGUCCAUCACCUGUCCAGGGAGGCCGAGGUCACAGUCCGUCGCCUCAGACUUUCAUCGGGGAGGAACUCUCUCCAUCUCCUUUACCGAGCAUCACCACCGACCAUCGACCUGCCAAACUAUUAAUGCCUUCCUUACCUUGUGUUAGUCCCUUAACCCUCAGCCCCAGGGUCGUGGAUGGAAUUGAGGACAACAGUGACACAUUUCAGUUUAAUGUAGAGCAGAGCGAGACCAAGACUAAUGUCACAGAUCGGCUACAGGUUAAUGCCAACCUGCUUCUGGAGACAGAAGAAGUGAGACAGAACAUCAGCAAACUGAACAAAGAGGUGAACAACCUGAACCAGGAAGUGUCCAACCUGGCUAAGGAGCUGCAUGACAUCAUGCACUUCCUGCAGCCCCACAUGGCGAUGCUGCACUACUCUUCCCCGGUUUCUUCGUACUCUUACGGCCUGCAGAUGGCCCCCGACCCGAGCGUCACCACCUCCAGCAGCUGGCAGCCUCGUGUCCCGCUGAACAUCUCCGCCACGCUGCACCCCCACCACGAGGCCAUCAGCCACCCGGCCAGGACCUCGUGGGGCUGCAGAAGCUCCUCGCUGCUGCCCUCCACCAGCCCCAUGUCGUCCUGUUUGCACCUGUGCUGCUCGGACAGAGAAGGAACCUCAUCCCGCCGGAUCCAGAGCCCCUGUGGACCCUUCCAGACCUCCCCUUACAUCCCCCAGGGAGGCCCGCCGCUGCUGGGCAUCGGCUCGGCCUUCAGCAGCCUCCAGGCGGUCUGUCAGGCUCCUCAGGUGAUCUUCAACUCACCUGUCCAUACCGUGAGCAGCUCCCGCCCCUUGUGCUCCACGGUUAACUCAACCCUUCCGCCGUUGAGCUCUGAGCAAACCUACAAGCAGAAGCAGACUCCCAUCCACUCCUCUGUUACCCCCACGGGUCUGCCUCAGUACCACACCGCCUUCAGCUCUCUGUCGCCCUCCAGAGGCCACAGCUCGGUCUGCAGCCAGAGCUCCAUCAGAAGACCGGUAGGGUCCAGCCAGGUUCACCAAACGCUGGAGCAGGUAAUGAACUCUAGGGUCAGUCUGGAUCAGAACAGGACAGAAAGUCGUGAAUCUGCUGGCUGCAACAUUCUGGACAUGGAGGAGAUGCAGCACUGAUUGUGUUAUCGUGUGAAAACGAUGAGUUCAUGUGUAAAAAUUCCAAUUAAUAAAAAUGCACAAACAGAAACGAUGCAGCCACGGAAAAAUAAAACAGUUUGCAAACAGUUGCAUUAAUGUUUUUAUUAUGAUUUUAGCAUUUGUGAAGUUUGGGUAAUUUAUUUAUCGAUGCAGCACAUUUAAAAACAACCUGAACUGACCAACGUGUUAAGAUAAGCCUUUAUUAAUCCCACAGUGGGGACAUUUGCAGUGUCAUAAGAUGGUGCAAACAUUGAAGGAAUGCAGUACAAAAAUAAAAAUAAACACAAGUACUAAUUAUAGAGAUGUCAUUAUUGCACAGAUUUUACACAAGCAGUUAUCAGAUAUUGAGCAAGAAAUGAUGUUCAGGCAGACAAAAUAUAAUAGACAAAACUUGUAAAAUCAAUUAGUAAAACAAAAUAAUACUAAAAUGAAGGCAGUAUUGGUUCUACACACUUAUUACCACUUCCUCAAAUGCAUGCACUGUAAAACAUUAAGUAAAUUAGUCAAAUCAACUCAUCUUUUGUAGUUUACUCAAUGUAAAUAUGUGGAUUUUACUUAUUUCUUGUUAAUAUCUGGUUAAUUUUUUUUAAAUUUUUAAUUCUAUUUAGAACAGUUUUGACUUCAAAUGAUAAAUUGGAUGGAAGGACAGCUUUUAAGAAAUUAAACUAAUACAUCCAGACUUCCCAGGAUGCAUUGCUGGAGUGUCAAAACCCACAAGGACUCGUUUUUUUUUUGUUUUGUUUUGUUUCUGUUUUUAGUUUUGUUCUUUUUGUAAUUUGAGAAAACUGUGCUUAUUCAUUUAUUUGUUUUUGAGUCCAAACAAUUUUGUAUCGGCCACAUACUCUAUGUACAUAUCAAGAUAUUAAAAAGUGGGUCAAACUUAGAAACUAAACUUCACUUGCUGCCUUAAAAAUGUGAAUAAACCAGUUUUAAAGGUAACAUUUUGUCUCAAGUUGUAUAAAUUGUUUUACUGAUGAUCAGACUCACUUUAUCUUGUCAAACAAAUACAUUU